AUGGGACCAGAGGGCUGGGGGAACCGAAAUAGAGAAGGAAAAUUGUUGCUGGAAUUCUGCAAGAGGAAUGGGCUGGCGAUCACAAAUUCCUGGUACAAGAAGAGAAGUAGCCACAAAAUAACUUGGUACAGUGGAGACUGGUCCCAAACUUCAGUAGUAGACUAUGUACUAGUGGAUAGGCAGAUGAUGAGCAGCCUCACAGAUGUUAAGGUCAUUCCAUCUGAGGCCUUAGACAGUGACCAUCGGCUGUUGGUAGCCACCCUGAGAGAGAAAAAAGAUAGGAGGGCAACUGACAUACAGGAGAAAAGGUUGAAGACAUGGAUGCUGAAAGAGGAUGAACGGAGGACCCAGUACCAGACACUGAUCAGGAAGAAGCUGCCAAAGGAAGAUCAGAGAACAGUGGAAGAAGAAUGGGGAGAUUUUAAGAGGGCUCUAGUUGAGGCAGCUGAGACUGUGUGCGGAAGAACUAGCACAAAGAGGAGAAGUAAGGAAACCCCAUGGUGGAACAACAUAUGUAAAGAGGCAGUACUUCGAAAGAACAAAGCCUUCAGAGAAUGGUUCCAGACCCGAACAGAGGAAGCUAGGAAACCUCUUAUCGGCACUCAAAAGUCUAAAAGGGUUGUUGAAAUGUCAGCUAUACAUAAGAAUGCAGAUAUUUUAGAGACUGAGCAUGAAAAUAUGGAUUUUGAAGAGGAUUACAUGAACCAAGAUGUUGCUACAAGUGAUGAAAGUGUUAACAACCAGUCAUAUGACACUGAGGGAGAAGUUGGAAGUAGCUUGGAAGCAAGAAAUGAGGAAAGAGGAAGCCACAAUUUACGUUAA